AUGGUGAAGCAGCUGGGGAGUUUUCUCAGUGCCAGGAAACAUUCUAUUACUGGAGAAUCUUUUGGAGAUGAUAAGCUGACAAUAGAAAAUGGGCAUAACCCUACCACCUUCUUUAGCUACUACUGCCACAGAGUCUCAGAGUUGGGAUCCAAAGCCAUCAAGUGCAUAUGGCAGGUGACUGAGAAGUCCCUCCACAAUGUCCCUGACCAAUGGUCAUUCAGCCUUGGCUUGAAAUGUCCCACUGUGGAUAGCUCACAGGACCACCUUGAAUCACCAAGGGACAAGGAGCUGAUUAAUACUGAGCCCAGUGGGACUUUGACCAUGUUAGGAGAAACCCACUCAAAGGGCGCUUCAGACUCUGAAACAGAGGGAACGCUACAAUCUGGUCCCAUACUCCCAUCUACCAUCAAUACCAAAGAAAUGCAAAUAGAGAAGAUGGCUCAUAACCAGAAGAGAAUGAACCAGAUAUCUGAACCUCCAGGGAACUCCAGAAAUUUAAACACCUUUAAUGACAGUCCCUACUGCACCCCAAGGCCAGUUACAAGGACUUAUUCCAUGCCAGCCCAACUAGCAAUCCAUUUUGGUGGGGAAGGCACCUCUGUCCAAUCUGCAGGACGCUCUCUCCCAGACAACCAGAAUUCUGUGGCAGAUGAGAAAUGUGUUUGUGUCCCUGAGACAGGAAUAUUCAAAGGUGGCCUUCUUGGUCUGGUUCAUGGACAGGGUAUACGAGGAGAAAACCAACUGUCAGAGACUUCCCAGAACAUCCCCAAAACAGGCCAGGGAGGUGCUAGUGCCCUUGGUACCCAGGAUACAAACUGCCUUGUCCCAGAAAGAAUAAAAUCCACCAGAAGGCAUUACUACUAUGAACUCAACUGGCCCCAAGAACCUACCUCAUCUUUUUCUGUGAAACAGAGGAUCAAAUCUUUUGAGAAUCUUGCCAGUUUUGACAGGCACUGUGCUAAGCACUUUACAAAUAUUAUCUCGAGUCCCGAUCUCACGACGCGGAGCCGGGCCGGGCCCUCUGGAGGAGAGGAGGAAGAAGAGGAAGAUGAGGAAGAAGAGUAGACGGAGGCGCAGGCGGUGGCAGAGCUGCUGCUGAACGGCUACGGCGGGGGGGGAGGCGGCGGCGGCGGCGGUGGGGGCGAGGCGGAGACGAUGUCUGAGCCGAGCCCAGAGAGCUCCAGCCAGGCCGGGGAAGACGAGGACGAGGAGGAAGAAGAGGAGGAGGACGAGAGCAGCAGUAGCAGCGGGGGAGGCGAGGAAGAGAGCAGUGCCGAGAGCCUGGUGGGUAGCGGCAGCAGCAGCCACGAGACCCGCUCCCUCAGCCCCGGCGCUGCCAGCAGCAGCAGAGGCGAUGGAGACGGCAAGGAGGGCCUGGAAGAGCCCAAGGGACCGCGGGGCGGCCAGGGCAGCUGCGGCGGCGGCGGCAGCAGCAGCAGCAGCAGCUUUGUCUCCUCGGCGGGUAGGAGAGGCAGCCUGGAGGUGUCCUCAGACUGGGAGCCCCUGAGCCGCAUGGACUCGUUGGACAGCAUAAGCAGUACUAUAAUGGAUGUAGACAGCACAAUUUCCAGUGGGCGUUCAACUCCUGCAAUGAUGAAUGGACAAGGAAGCACUACUUCUUCAAGCAAAAUCAUUGCCUAUAACUGUUGUUGGGACCAGUGUCAGACUUGCUUCAACUCUAGUCCAGAUCUGGCAGAUCACAUUCGUUCCAUACAUGUAGAUGGUCAGCGAGGAGGGGUAUUUGUUUGCCUAUGGAAAGGUUGUAAAGUAUAUAACACUCCUUCAACCAGUCAAAGUUGGUUACAAAGACAUAUGCUGACACACAGUGGAGACAAACCUUUCAAGUGUGUUGGUGGUGGUUGCAAUGCCAGCUUUUCACCUCAGGGAGAGUUAGCGGGUCAUGUACCCACACACUUUAGUCAGCAGAAUUCUUCAAAAGUUGCCAGCCAGCCAAAGGCCAAAGAGGAAUAUCCUUCUAAAGCUGGAAUGAACAAGAGGAGGAAGUUAAAAAAUAAAAGACGACGCUCAUUACCACGACCCCACGACUUUUUUGAUGCAUAGACACUGGAUGCAAUACGACAUCGAGCCAUAUGCUUUAACAUCUCAGCCCAUAUAGAAAGUUUAGGAAAGGGAAACAGUGUUGUUUUUCAUAGUACUGUAAUAGCCAAGAGAAAAGAAGAUUCUGGAAAGAUAAAACUGCUGCUUCAUUGGAAUGCAGAAGAUAUUUUGCCUGAUGUGUGGGUUAAUGAAAGUGAACGACAUCAAUUAAAAACUAAAGUAGUUCAUUUAUCAAAACUGCCCAAAGACACUGCCUUGCUUUUGGAUCCAAACAUAUACAGACCCAAUUUAAGUUGAUACAUUGAAGGAAAGGAAGUGUGAUGGUUAUAUUUUACAUGGCUUCACUUGUACUAAUGAACAUGAUGGAACACAAAAGUGUUUGCUGUGUGGAAAAAUUCUUGCAAAUGGAAGAAUAAAGUCAGCAAAACUGAAA